AUGCAUGGUGUGUCACUACAGGGGCCAUGCCGAUCUUUAGCAACAGCUGGGUGUGAUGGAAAAUUCUCAUCGAAUGUCCAGCGUGACAUCUUGAGGCGGGUUUCGAAACAUGACCCUGACGAGGUGCCAAUCGAUUGGGUUGAAGCUCCUGUCCAGAAACAGCGUGGUCCCAAUGGUGUCGAGAUGAGGAAAAUCCCACUUGUUCUUCCACAUGAUUUGGUCAUGAAGAUGCCCCUCAUCAGCGACUCUGAGAUCAAAGAGUACUGGGAUCACCUAUCUGCCUGCAACAGCCCUCUAGCAAAGGUCAGUGAAACAAAGACCCAUUACCCCCUCUGGAUCUGGGGUGAUGAGGCCCAGUACCGGGAAUCGGGAGAUGAGGUGUUACUGAUCAGCUUGGGUGCGGUUCUGGACCAGCGAAAAUAUAGUGUUGAAGCAUGCUUUCCCAUCUGCGUUGUGCGGACAGAACUGAAGGUGGGUUUCUCAACAGUUUUUGCCAUCUUGGAGGCUGUAGUCCAGUCCUUGCAGAUGUUGUACAGGGACGGUGUGGAGAUGCCUGACGGGAAGAGGAGACACUUUGCAGUCUGUGAAAUCCGUGGAGACUGGAAGUGGCAAGCUGACGCUGGUCAAUGCUUUUAG